AAGGCGAGAGAGGAAAAGUUGCUGGGACUGCCUCCCUUCUUCUCUUCUUCUUCUGAGUUUCUCUCUCUCUCUUCUCUUUUAUCUCUUUUUUUUUUUCUGGUUAAAAUCAUCAACUAAGGUUAUUUUUUCAGAGCUUUCAUGGCUUCAUGCUUCAAAUGAUCAUCAUCUGAUUACAGGAGAUCAGAUCCGAGCAGAGUUUCAGGGCCGAGGAUUCUGAGCAAGGAAACUGUAAAACUAAGGGAUAUCAUUAGGCAAAAAAAUAAAAUAAAAUAAAGGAGAAUACAUAUAUAUAAUUAUAUAUAUAUAUAUAUAUAGAAAGAGGGGGGACUGAGUAAAUUUGAGAUUUGUUGAAUAAGUGGUUUGCAUAAGGUUGGUGUUUCCUUGUUGAGGGCGAGGAAUGGGAAUUUUCGAAGAGAUGGGAUUCUGUGGUAAUUUUGACUUCAUUUCAUGCCCUCCCCGGGAGGGAGAGGAGGCUCUAGAGCACGAGCCAGAGGCGACUGUGGAAGAGGAUUAUAGCGAUGAAGAGAUGGAUGUGGACGAGCUGGAGAGGAGGAUGUGGAGGGACAGGAUGUUACUGAGGCGGCUGAAAGAGCAGAGCAAGGGAAAGCAAGGAGUCGACAAUGCAAAGCAGCGUCAAUCCCAGGAGCAAGCUCGGAGGAAGAAGAUGUCAAGAGCUCAAGAUGGGAUCUUGAAGUACAUGCUGAAAAUGAUGGAAGUUUGUAAAGCUCAAGGUUUUGUGUACGGUAUUAUUCCUGAGAAGGGAAAGCCUGUGACCGGUGCUUCAGACAAUCUCCGAGCUUGGUGGAAAGAAAAGGUUAGAUUUGAUCGGAAUGGUCCGGCUGCAAUCGCCAAGUACCAGGCAGAACACUCCAUCCCUGGUCAGAACGAGGACUGCAGCACUAUGGCAUCGACUCCUCAUACCUUGCAGGAGCUUCAAGACACUACUCUUGGCUCGCUCUUGUCUGCUUUGAUGCAGCAUUGCGAUCCACCCCAGAGGCGUUUCCCAUUGGAAAAGGGUGUUGCCCCGCCAUGGUGGCCUACUGGUAGUGAGGAGUGGUGGCCUCAAUUGGGUAUGCCCAAGGAUCAGGGGCCUCCUCCGUAUAAGAAACCUCAUGAUUUGAAAAAGGCUUGGAAGGUGAGUGUCCUCACUGCUGUGAUCAAGCACAUGUCUCCUGAUAUUGCAAAGAUUCGCAAGCUUGUUCGUCAGUCUAAAUGCUUGCAGGACAAAAUGACUGCCAAGGAGAGUGCAACUUGGUUGGCCAUUAUAAACCAAGAAGAAGCUUUGGCCCGAAAACUGUAUCCUGAUAGAUGUCCACCUAUGUCAGCUAGUGGGAAUGGGUCUCUUGUAAUCAGUGAGACCAGUGAUUAUGAUGUUGAUGGAGUGGAUGAUGAACCUAAUUUUGAAGUAGAGGAAUGCAAGCCCCGCGAUGUUGGUCGCUUCAACAUGGGGACCAUUGUUCCUUCUAGAGAUAGGAUGCUUAUGCCUCAAGUGGCUCCACGAAUUAAGGGAGAAAUCAUUGAAACCAGCCCUGAUUUUGUUCAAAAGAGGAAGCAACUGGGUGAUGAGCCACAAAUGAUGAUGGAUCAGAAAAUAUACACCUGCGAGUACUCUCAGUGCCCAUAUCAUGAUUACCGCCUUGGCUUUCUCGACAGGACUUCGAGAAAUAAUCACCAGAUGAAUUGUGCAUACCGUCCCAAUCCUUCCCAAGCUUCCCAACAAACUUUCGCAAUGCCAAGCUUUCAGAUUAGCAACGACAAACCGGCUGUCUUCUCCCUACCAUUUUCCCAACCAAAACCAGCAGCGGCUUCUCAACAAAUGAACCAGUCAUCUCAUUUCACUGGCCUUGAUAUCCCGGAAGAUGGGCAGAAGAUGAUCUCUGACCUCAUGUCACUCUAUGACUCGAAUGCGCAGCAGAGGAACAAAGCUUUGAAUCCAGGGAACCAUCCAGUUCCCACCAACAUGGAGAACCAUAAUCAGCCACAGCAAAAAUACCAAUUUCAGAUGGACGAUAGCUUCUUUGGUCAGGGUGUCAUGGGAGGCAACAUGUCUGAGCAAGCCAAUAUCUCAUCCCAACAAGCGGUGUAUUCUUCAGCAGAGGUUCAGUUCGAUCAGUGCAAGGCGUUCGAUUCUCCAUUCGACAACAACCCGAAUGAUAAUAUUGCAGACUUAAGAUUUGCUUCACCCUUCAACAUGGCACCAGUCGAAUUUUCUGUGGACUCACUGCCAAAGCAGGAUGUCUCCCUCUGGUACCUCUGAAACCAGAACACUAUCACAAAGACUUUUACUGCUUCAGUAAUUUGGGUAACUGCAGUGUAAUGUCUCGAGUGGAGGGUCAUCUUUUCGCUAUUCUGCUUCUGCAUUAGUGGGAUCUUCGAGGGUUUACUCGUCUGGUUAGAUGUUUAAAAACCCUUUGGAGAAACCAUGUUUCUCAACUUUAUUUUCUAGAGUAUAGGCUGUCUAGUGUUUUUUUGUUAUGCUGUAUUGAAGUAGGGGAUAAUAAGGGACUGGAAAGAAUCCAAACCCAGUAUUUGCUGCUGUUGAAAAGUUGGGGUUUUUUUCUUUUUUAUUGUUUCUUUAGUUUACGUUGGGGCUGUUACAUAUUAUUAUUAUUAUUAUCUACACAUACUUUUUAUGUAUGUAAUGAUUUCGUCUUUGAGCCAUAUUUAGACUGGUAGAGUCCAUGUUACUUACUUGAGCUGAAAUGCUUAGUUCUUGUAAAUAUUACCAAUCAUCAUAAUCAAGUGCUCUGUUAUUCUCUGUGUUAGGAAA